AAAAAAACAUUAAAAACUUUCUAUACGAACUAAUAAAUAAUUUUAUUGUUAUAAAAUGAAAUAAAAAGUACAAAUAUAUGUCUACAUACUUAAGUAUAUGAUUUAAAAGUUAUUCGACGUUAUAGAGGGCUAAUAUUUUGUAAUAAUACGUUCCAAUGAUACGAGAGGAAAGGUAUGCACGUUUAUUGCGUUUAAAAAAUUCGCUAAUACUUAAGCGGAAGUAUAAAUUGUCAAAAUAUAAAACGUAAUGAAUCUUUCUCACUCAUUAAAAUUAUGGACGUAUUUAAAGAUACAUUAAAGUACUAGUUAGGUCACGAUAUUGAUAAUUUUCGCAAGACCACUCUACUUGUGUGGUCGUACCUUUAUCAUGAAAGAUUCGAUAACUUUAAAAAAUUUUCUGAUUGCGUAAUAUACUCGUACAUUAUCUUAUUACAUUAAAGAUAUAAUUAUUAUAUCGUUAAUAGAUAUAAUUAUUAUUAUUAUUUAUAUUUUUUAUUAUUAUUAUUGCGGCUAUACUCUCCGUAAAAGACAUGUACCGUACAUACAAAGUUUUAAUAAAAGGUCGUAUACUGUGGUCAUGUAGUAAAUGAUAACGUUAAAGUGUGGUCGUAGGUUGAUCAACACGGUCGUCAACAAAGAUCUCGAAGGCCAACGAUACUUCGUUCUGGUUACAGACAUGGAUAAUAAAGUUUUUCUGUUUAUCUCUUGAACUCGCCUCGUCACAACUCCUCCUCGGUCAAGUAAAUAAAUUUAUAAAUCGUGCUAGAAGUUCUCGUACGUGCGUUAGUACUAUCUCGUCUCUCGGGAAGAAUUUGUCACGUUAAAAAUAGUUAAUUUUUCUCCCGUCGUUACUUUCACUUUCGAUUAAACAAAUCAAAAACGAUUUAUACAAGCUCAUUAAAUCCGUUAUAGAUCGUACAUUAUACGAUUCUUUUUUACCAGUCGAUGAUCAAAUCAAAGCAAUCUGAUUGUGACUAUAUGAGUCUUAUAAUUGUUGAGAAGUAUCCAGAUCAAAAAUUGGUGGAAGUGCUCGAAAGCGAAGCUUCUAGUAGAUCAAACAAAAUUGAUUGUAAAAAAAUGGCUGCAGUACCACAAGCAGCGUUUGCAGCGAGCAAAGUCCGACAUAAUGAGAAACAUGAUAAUAAUAUGAUAUCAGUGAUAGAAGGAAAAGAAAAAGCAAGCAAAGAAAACACAUACAAUGGUAGAUUCUACCUAGAAGGUUGGGAACUCACGCCCUUGAAAUAUAACAGCAAACUGAUGAACAGCAUUUGGGGUUUAUAUAACCGUUAUUCUGUACAUAAUUUCAAGAAAAAUACUGAUGCUGACGAAGGAUUCUUAGCGACUGUAUGGCAGACGGUUUAUUCAAAUCCUUCUUCCGUUAUGUCUGCUUCAGUCGUUUCAGCUUCGACUACUAUGGAAACUCCUCGCAUCUUAGGUACCAGAAAUGGUAUCUGAUGGAUCGAAUAUUUCCAAUAUGAUAGUUUCGAGGGUUGCAUUUACUAUGAAUAUAUCAUCAGCAGUCAAUAAAAUAGCGUACCAAUUAAUUUUAUGCUAGUAGGAGAAUAUUUAAAUUAACCCUUUCUAUUAAUCUUAUUCUAUCAUACAGGAAAAAGUAUGAUUGUUUUUAAAUAUCUUAAUAUAUACUUGAAAUGUAACAAUUAAUCGAAAAGUUAAUAUUUUUCGAAAUAUAAAAAUAAUAGUCCAAACUACUAAACUAUAGACAAGCUAAUGAGCUAUGCGCAGUUCUCAAUUCACGGGAAUAGUGUUUUUUUUUUUACUACUCGUGAUAGUUACUAGAAUAACAAAUGAGAAUCAGGCUUUUUCGAAUAAUCAAGAUAAUUGUUUAUUUAAUUUUAAACAGUUAUAUUCGUAUUUUGAUAUGUAAAUAUAUAUGUAUCCAAAUUUACGAUAUAUGUAUUUCUAUAUGUUAAGAUAAUUUACGAAAAUUUCUUACUACAGUGUAAAGUUAACUGGUUCGUUAACUGGAAUAGGAACAGUAAAUAAACUGUUAUUUGCCAUGAA